AUUAGGGCUCGCUAACGUGAACAACCAAAAUUAUGUGCGUUAUCCACCCCACCUGACCCGGGCCAAAAAGUUCCAGUAUCGCCAACACCAACAGCAGCAUCUUGCUCUUGCGCAGACCACAUCUUGCCUCCCACCCCCCUCCAGCGCAAAACAACAAAAAUCCUUCACAAUGGCUGAUCGUGGAGCUUCUCGCGGCGGUGGUUUCGGAUCCCGAGGCGGUGAUCGCGGCCGAGGACGUGGCCGUGGCCGUGGUCGUGGUCGCGGCAAGAACGAGGAGAAGGAGUGGCAGCCCGUCACCAAGCUCGGUCGAUUGGUCAAGGCCGGCAAGAUCAACAGCAUGGAGGAGAUCUACCUUCACUCUCUGCCCAUCAAGGAGUACCAGAUUGUCGACAACUUCCUGCCCAAGCUCAAGGAUGAGGUCAUGAAGAUCAAGCCCGUCCAGAAGCAGACCCGUGCCGGUCAGCGAACUCGAUUCAAGGCCAUUGUCAUCAUUGGUGACUCCGAGGGCCACGUCGGUCUCGGUAUCAAGACCUCCAAGGAGGUUGCUACCGCCAUCCGUGCCGCUAUCAUCAUUGCCAAGCUCAGCGUCAUCCCCGUGCGACGAGGUUACUGGGGUACCAACCUUGGUCAGCCUCACUCCCUGCCCUGCAAGGAGUCUGGCAAGUGCGGUUCCGUCACCGUCCGUCUCAUCCCCGCUCCCCGUGGUACUGGCCUCGUUGCCUCUCCCGCUGUCAAGCGAUUCCUCCAGCUCGCCGGUGUCGAGGACGCCUACACCUCCUCCGCCGGUUCCACAAAGACCCUCGAGAACACCCUCAAGGCUACCUUUGUGGCCGUCUCCAACACCUACGGCUUCCUUACCCCCAACCUCUGGAAGGAGACCAAGCUCAUCAAGAGCCCCCUGGACGAGUAUGCCGACACACUGCGGGAGGGUAAGCGAUACUAGAGCUAGAGCGGGAAAGUUUUAUGCUGGGAGCUGGAAACUGGUGCCGCGGAGUCACGAUUCCUUGUGUUUCAUUGCAUAGGUUGGCCGGUUAGGACACGUCGGAUCUGAGGCUAUGAGAAAUAAUGGCUUAAGGUCUGAAUGAAAAAGAAAUUUCAUCCUUCAUGAUUACUUUUUUUUUGCAAAACAAACAUCGGUCCCUGUCCCUCAUUAUUUACCUGUGUGCGGUGAUGAAAGAAGUGGUGAAAAUUGAAAGACUGAGCUAAUAACACAAAAUCUAACUCCAAAUACCCAAGUCUAGCCAAA